CUUUGCAAGAAGCAAAGGUGCUUGCAUCCAGGGCCUGGCUCUGUCCAUCAGGGGCUGCGGUGUGCACGUUGCGGAAAUUAAACUAGCUCGUACGGGCUUCCAACACUUGCAAUGGGCAUGGAAGUACAUUGAGUGAUCGGUGAAGAGCGUGCGUGCGUGCGUGCGUGCGUACGUGUUGGAUCCAUCCAUCCAUCGUAUCGAGGAACUAUCCGGCGCACACAUCGAUCCGAGAGUCACGUGGUCUCGAAGACGGCUUCCAUUCACCGACCAAUGUCCAAAUCCAGUAAUAAUAACAAUACUCACCCCUUCCCCUCCCCCCCCUGAGGCCAGUGUAUAAACGUGUUUCAGAAGAGAUGGAUUCCGAUGUUCGGAGCGAGUGCGUUCUCCUUUGGGCCGUAGUUUUACAACCCAGCAUGAAGAAUUGUGGUCCCCAAUGGAGGAGCCAUGGCGAAUUUACCGCCGUCUCAUGGGGUUUGUGCAUCACCAGGACGCGGAUUUCUCCAUUUACCCAUCCAUCUGUCCAUUGCCAUCCGACACCUCCAUGCGCGUUCCUGGAAUCUGCUCAUCUCCCGUGAAUGCUAGCCAUGGGGGUUUGCUCGCUCGCCACCGGAUCUCCUCCCUGCACACACACGCAUCCACCCACUCACCCACCCCUCCAUCCCUCCUCCAUCCCUCCUC